AAGGCCCUGGUUUAAUCUCCAGUAUGGCCCAAAGAAAAAAAAGUGAAAAUGUCUAAACAUAUAAAAUGUAUCACAAUUGAAUUGUUUGUGGUGGCUGCAAUUGCUGAUAAAAGUAGAGAUACACAGUGUCUUACUUGUUGCUGAGAUAAAAUACCCAACUCCCACAAGGUAAAGGAGGACAGGUUUAUUUUGGCUCACAGUUUGUAGAGGUUUCAGUGCAUAGUUGGCUGCUCCAAGGCAAGGUGGCAGAAGAAACAGUCCAGAGCAGGCAGAAGACAGCAAAGCAGAGAUGUGGCCGAGCAGCAGCAGCUGCCGCCUGUCUCUCUCUCUUAUCCCUUCCAGGCCACCCACAUCCAGGUGGGCCUUCCCAUUAUCCACACCCAGAACUAUGCCAGGCCAGUCAGGGACUAGUUUAGAAAUCAGUACCCUUAGUCCUAGGGUCACAUGCCCUAGAUCCAGCCCCACCCAUGAUCCGCAUGAGGCUGUGGGGGACACCUAGAUGCAGCCUUCAUAUACAGAUGGACUUACGGGCUCAGUGAGAUACAGUAUUUGAAAUGGGAUUUCUUUCUGAAAGUUGGCUGGUAAAUAAGGUGGCCCUAGGUAGAGCAGGGUCUGUUGUGAAGUUCAGUCACAGUUUCACAGUUGCAGAAUGGCUCCGGCUGCUGCCUUUCCUGGGUGUGCUCGCUCUUCUCGGCUACCUCGCGGUCCGCCCGUUCUUCCCAAAGAAGAAACAACAGAAGGACAGCUUGAUAAACCUUAAGAUCCAGAAGGAAAACCCCAAGGUGGUGAAUGAAAUCAACAUCGAAGACUUGUGUCUUACCAAAGCCGCCUACUGUCGGUGUUGGCGCUCAAAGACGUUUCCGGCCUGUGAUGGCUCUCAUAAUAAACAUAAUGAGCUGACCGGAGAUAAUGUGGGUCCACUCAUCCUGAAGAAGAAAGAAGUAUAACAGUAAUGACGUAGGAUCGAUUCAGUGUGUGUUGUAAAAUCUUUCAGUAUUUUCUCAUUGUGUAUAGAAAAUCUUUGAAAUGGUGGUCUUAAUUAUUAUCAGGUGAAUAAUUAUUUCUGCCAGUUUAUUUUCUUGCUACACUACUGUUUAUAUUUGAUAUUUUGUAUAUUCAAACAUUUGUGUAGAAAUUAAAUUGUCAAGCCUCAGUCUGUCUUCAGAGAAUUAAUGUAUCUUCCAGCAAUAAAAUCAGUUCCUCUCUC